AUGGAGAAAUUUAUUGAAAUAUUCAUGAAACUUGACAAUAACAAUGAUGGUGUAAUUGAGAAAAAUGAGCUUAUUCAAUAUUGUAAAAAAGAGAAUUUGGAUAUGAGUAUGGUCUAUGAAUGGUUAAAACUAAUUGAUAUGAAUUCAGACGGUAAAAUCUCAUUCAAGGAAUUCUGUAUGGUAUUCGGUUUAAACUAUGAAGAAAUUUACGAUGGUGAUCGUCGUCAAUUUUUCGACGGGCCACCGCCAAGCGCCCAAGUCACCAGGGGUCGUGGGGGCCCACCACCAAGAGGAUACCCGUAA